UCACUGUCAAAACACAAUUUCUUUGACAUGGUGCCUGAUGUUGAGCAGUUUCUGGCGAGGUUAAACAUCAUAACCUUGUGAAUCCAGUGGCAUGAUAUCAAUCAUGUUUCCUUCAGAGGACUGUCUGCGGGCAGAACCUGGUUGAGUCGCCCUGUUUUCAUUGGAGUGGAGCUUCUUCCCGAGAACUUCUUCAUGACAUCAUCGUCAUCCGAUUCCCCAAACAGCUGCGGGAAUCCAGUUGCGUUGGAGUGGACGGAUGGACAUUGCUGUGUGCGCAGCUCUCCAAACCUCCUGCGCCCAAAUGUUGACGACUUCUGUGUGACCAAAUUAAACUAGUCUCUUCUUCUCUAUAUCAUUUAUCCUCCUUUGUGUUCUGAGGAGCCGAGGAACCAGGAACAGCCUUUCCUAUCUAAGUGAAUUAUUUUUUAUUAUUAUUAUUUGCGCGUGCGGGUCUGGUUGUUUAAAAUCCUUUUCGCGACUCCGCUUGUGGAUUAUGACCCUGGACACUGAUUUAAUGGAUGACCUCGUUGUCGACGUGGUAGGAGAGGGUGGCAUGGACUCUGGAGACGAGCAUCUUUCGUCCUCCGCUCUUUGCGCAUCCGACCAGGUACACAACAACUCGGCAUCCCUGUCCGACAAUCGGUCCAACAAGGGCGAUGAGGACCACGUAUCCUCUUCCAUAUGUCCCUCAACUUCGAGCAAAAGCACUUCGGUGAAACCGCCCUAUUCCUACAUCGCCCUGAUCACCAUGGCGAUCCUCCAGAGCCCAAAGAAGCGUCUCACUCUAAGCGAGAUCUGCGACUUCAUCAGUCACCGGUUCGUGUACUACCGAGAGAAAUUCCCGGCCUGGCAGAACUCCAUCCGACACAAUCUUUCCCUGAACGACUGCUUCGUAAAAAUGCCACGCGAGCCGGGUAAUCCUGGAAAGGGGAAUUACUGGACUCUCGAUCCGAAUUCAUCGGAUAUGUUUGAGAACGGAAGUUUCCUGCGGAGGAGGAAGCGAUUUAAACGACAGCACUUCAAAUUCGCGGUGUUCAAAGAUCAGCUGCAACCGAGCGGCUUUCCGAACCUCACCUACGGUCUCAGCGCGUCCUGCGCGCAAUUGCCAGGUUUGGAUAUCUACCCGUUUGGCUUCCAUCAACCCAUCGGCGUUCCACCUGUUGGCAGCAUCUUACCAGCUCUGUCCACUUUUUUCUCGCGGACCUCAAUCACCACCAAAGCUUUCCCACAGUCCCAAACAACAGUCAUAGAGCCCGUCACCCCUGGCCUAACGUGCCCAAUAGCUCCGACCUCUCCAUACGCAUCCUCAGCACUGUUCAAUCCGAUGGGCUUCCCGCGGGUCCUCAGUUUUCAGUAUGAGUACCAGAAGCUGCAAAAUCUGCACAACCACCUGGAUUUCACCACUAAACACAGACACUUGGCCAGCGUAAAUGACUAGGAGAACAUUGCGGAGGGGGGAAAAUCAUUUUAAUAAAACUAUUUUACUCAGGAAUUAUUUCAUUUAACCGAUAUCAAGAGUUAGAUUCGACUUGCACGUAGAAUAAAAACAUUUUGGUAAACAUUGAGUUCAUCAGGAUUCCACAAAGUCAAGUUUUUGUCCAUGCUGAAAAUGUUUACUGAUGCAUGUUAUUUUAUUGGAAUGUGAAAUAUUUUAAUAACCGAACUUCGAAUGUUCAAACUAUUUCAAUGACGAAUUUCCUUUUAACGUUUUGACGGAAAUAAAACUGGCAUUUUUAAA